AUGGAUCACGGCGGACAUGGAAAUAUGGCGGCCACACCGACAACGGGCAUGGACCCAACCAUGACUGGGAUGAGUGCUGCCGCCACGACUUCGAUGUCUAUGAACAUGAUGGGUGGCUGCAAGAUUUCGAUGUUGUGGAACUGGUACACUGUCGACUCGUGCUUUAUCUCUCGAACGUGGCGAGUUUCAAGUGAAGGCAUAUUCGCCUUGAGCUGCAUCGGUGUCGUCCUCCUUGUUAUAUCCCUCGAAUUCGUACGCCGUAUGCAACGUGAAUACGACCGACACAUCAUCCGCCACGCCACCGCCGCCGCAGCAACAACGAUUAACGAAAGCAUCGGAGCCGGGAAACUCGCCGAUGAAGGGUCACCGGUAUCUGGGACCCCCGUUCCGAGUCAAGUUCGAGGAUUUAACAAUGCGUCGUCGAGGUUAGCGAGGUUUUUGAGACCUUUCAAUUUCCGACCAUCUUUUCUUCAGCAGGUUGUUAGAGGAUUGUUGUACAUGGUACAAUUCGGAGCUGCAUAUUUUGUCAUGUUGAUGGCUAUGUACUACAAUGGUUACAUUAUUAUAUGCAUCCUUAUCGGCGCCUUCUUGGGAUUUACACUUUUCGGAUACGAUAACUUGGCCCCAAGUGGGUCCCACCAGGAAACUGGGACGUCGUGCUGCUAG